AAGUUUGCCGGCGUGGUACGCACAUUGGUGUCCCCCUUACGCUCCUGUUUAGCCUUCCCGCUUCUGCGCAGCUCGACCCGGCCGAAGCUACCCAGCCUGCCCCCUGUGUCUAUUUGCCUCUUGUGAGCAGCAUGUCUGAUUACGGCGGUCUGCCGACUAACGGAGUCGGUGCUGGGAUGAAAAACGACGCUUUUGCUGAUGCAGUACAACGAGCCAGACAGAUUGCAGCUAAAAUUGGUGGAGACGGUGUUCCUUCAGUGAGCAACAACGGAGGAUCUGAGAACUAUCCAUUCACAUCACAGAAAAGAUCCCUGGAAGAAGCAGAUGAACCCGAUGCCAAGAAGGUAGCAUCACAGGGUGAAAUUGAUUCUGCAUUGUCUAUUGGAGCUCAGCUGGCUGCCCUGUCCCAACAAAGUGUCCGGUCCUCCACAAUGACAGAAGAGUUCAGAGUGCCUGAUGGCAUGGUCGGGCUCAUAAUCGGCCGAGGGGGUGAGCAGAUUAACAAAAUACAGCAGGAUUCUGGCUGCAAGGUCCAGAUAGCGCACGACAGUGCCGGUCUUCCAGAUAGAAGUGUUUCUCUGACAGGGUCACCAGAUGCCAUACAGAGAGCAAAGGCCCUCAUAGAUGACAUUGUGUCGAGGGGUCAUGAGACGACCAAUGGGCAGUCAGGAGGAGGAGGUAGUGGUGGAGGAGGAGGUGGUGGUGGUGGUGGUGGUGGAGGAGGAGGUGGUGGUGGUUCCAUGCAGGAGAUGAUCAUCCCUGCAGGCAAGGCCGGCCUCAUCAUCGGUAAAGGAGGAGAGACCAUCAAACAACUACAGGAGCGGGCUGGAGUGAAAAUGAUUCUUAUUCAAGACGGAUCCCAGCCACCCAACAUAGAUAAGCCCCUACGCAUUAUUGGAGACCCCUACAAAGUGCAGCAAGCAAAGGACAUGGUGAAUGAGAUUCUACGAGAGAGGGAUCAUGCAGGAUUUGGAGACAGGAACGAAUUUGGAUCAAGGAUGGGCGGAGGUGGAGGUGGCGGCGGCGGGAUCGGUGGUGGCAUCGGUAGUGGCGGUGGUGGCAUUGAUAUUGCUGUGCCCCGCCACUCUGUGGGAGUUGUGAUUGGCCGAAGUGGGGAGAUGAUCAAGAAGAUCCAGAAUGAUGCUGGAGUGAAGAUUCAGUUUAAACCAGAUGAUGGAACCGGUCCUGAUAAAAUAGCCCAUAUCAUGGGUCCACCAGACCAGUGUCAGCACGCUGCAUCCAUCAUCACUGAACUGCUACAGAGCAUCCGCGCACGGGAGGAGGGCGGGCAGGGGGGCCCCCCUGGUGAAGGGAUGCCAUCUGGUGGUAGGGGACGAGGCAGAGGCCAGGGCAACUGGGGCCCACCGGGAGGAGAGAUGACUUUCUCUAUUCCUGCGCACAAAUGUGGGCUCGUCAUUGGCAGAGGAGGGGAGAAUGUGAAGUCCAUCAACCAACAGACCGGUGCAUUUGUGGAGAUCUCUCGUCAGCCACCACCAAACGGUGACCCCAACUUCAAACUGUUUAUCAUCCGAGGGUCCCCCCAACAGAUUGACCAUGCAAAGCAGCUUAUAGAAGAGAAGAUUGAGGCUCCAUUGUGUCCUGUGGGCGGUGGUCCUGGUGGUCCUGGUGGCCCAGGAGGCCCAGGUGGCCCAGGUGGUCCUAUGGGUCACUUUAACCCAAACCCUUAUAAUGCAGGGCCUCCCGGUGGUGCUCCACAUGGAGCUGCACCUGGUGGCGCCCAGUACUGUCCACAGGGCUGGGGAGGUAACUACCAGCAGUGGCAAGCCCCUGGUCAACAUGACCCCAAUAAGGCAGCAGCAGCAGAUCCAAACGCAGCAUGGGCAGCAUACUAUGCACAAUAUUAUGGCCAACAGCCAGGGGGUGCCAUGGCAGCCCAGAGCCCAGGAGCCCCUGCUGCAGCAGCACCAGGGGACCAGGGACAGGGACAGCAGGCUUCUGGGGGACAGCCAGACUAUACUAAAGCCUGGGAAGAGUACUACAAGAAGAUGGGCAUGACCCAGCCAGCUGGAGGGGCUGCAGCUGCUCCGGGCCCGGCAGCAGCAGCAGCACCAGGCGGAGCUGCAGCUGGAGGCCAGCAGGACUACAGUGCGGCCUGGGCUGAGUACUACAGACAGCAGGCUGCCUACUAUGGACAGCCAGGGCAGGGGCCUGGACAGGGCGGUGCUCCACAGCAGGGACAACAGGCCCAGUAAACAAUUGGCUCAGCCUGUUUGAAGGUUGUGAUGGCCCUCUGGACUUGUUCGUCUUUUCUAUCAAGAGAUUUUCUUUUGGCUUUGACAAGACAAGACCAUUCUCAUCCAGCCAGACAUUUUCUAUUCCAAUCUUCUUGUUUUUUAAAGUCAAAAUUGAAGAGAAAAGGGAUCACCCAAGAAUUGAACAAAGCACUAAAUAACUACUUGGGUUAAUAUUCAGUUUGCCCCUUCACGUCACCCACACCUUGUAAUAAUUUUGCUCAUUUAAAAAAGUGAAAUAAGCAUCUUUGUUUGCAAGCUAGCACAGCAGCAUCCUGACACUGACACACGUUUAAGUAGUUUUUCCCUCACAAUUUCCUGAGGGUAAAAAAUAAACGUUCUAGCAGUAUUUUGAAUAUAUUCAGAAAUUAUGUUUGUAAGAAAAAUUAAACCAUUUGUUUCUUUCUUCUUGGUACCUUUUUUUUUAAUAUUUUUUUUUUUUAACAUUCCCAGUGUAUAUUGCAGGUGUAUUUUCCCCUGCUGUCCUGAUUUUUGUUAUUUUUAAUUUUAUUCAUUGUAAUUACUUUCCUUAAGGGGGUUGUGUGUGUCUGUAUACAGUGUAUGCUACUGAACAGAAAUGUGUGUAAGUUGGCUGUAAUAAGGCAUUAACUGUCCUACACAAUGUAGGUUGGUUGUGUGUGCAUGUUUGUGUGCUUGACCUCCCUCAGUUAAAUUUCCCCAUCUUUGUCUGAUUUUGUUUUUUUGUUCCAAUAGAUUCUGUUACUGUAUGCUUUUUUUUUUUUUUUAGAUGUUAUUUUUUACAGCUUGUUUUUAAAUACUUAAAAUAAAACAUUCAAAUUA